ACGCGGUGCCUCAAAGCAGACGCGGAAGUUUCCACCCAGAGCAGCCGCUGUUUCCCGAGCUGAGCGCUGACAUGACAGGAGCAGAGAGCUGUGGGUAGGAAGGAGCGGUGACAGCGAGGAGGAGGAGGAGGAGGAAGAAAAGGGGCGAGAGGAACCCCCGGAACCCCCGCGGCUGUACCGGACCCUCAGCCUGGCGGAUGGCUUCUCUUGGCUCCGCGGAGCGACGGGCUUUCGCCCUGAAGAUCAACAGGCACUCUUCUGCAGAGAUCAGAGAACAGUUCACUGGAAACUAUGGCUUGCAACACAGCCGAAGCAACUCCAGCACUUCGGGCUCACCUUACACUACAGUGCCUCUGGCYUAUAAAGCGGUGGAGCCGUUGGACCUGGAGGAGUUCCUGAUGUCACAGCUAAGCAGUGGCGACUCGGCGCUGAUGAACGAACUUGGAGACUUUCCCGACGACAACCUGAAAGUGGAGCAGGUGGAGCGGGAGCAACGCACCGUUCGGCUCUCGGUCCCGGAGGACGGAGUGGAUUUAGAUUCCCAUGUAAGAGACUGUGUGAAGAGCUACACACAGCCAUGGCUCAUAGUCACCAGAAGGUGCCAGGGGGAUGGCUGGAUCACUUACUCGGAGCGAACUGGCCUAAACAAAGACCUGCAGAAACAAAUUUUUGAAUCGGAUGUUCAACCACAAAACAAAGACAAACCAAUCAUGUCUCCGAACCUGGCGGGGCUUACGGACGACUCGGGUCGCACGCUGACUUCAUGUGAUUUCAACUUGAGAAGUUUGGCCCCGGACCUAAGGGUGGAGAGGCUGCUGGCYUUCAGCAACCACGAGGAGCUGGAUCGCUUCAAUCAGGAGUCGCGGCAGGAAAACAGGCUCCCCGAGCUGUUUGCUCUUUACCCGCCGCCUGACGAGGACGAAGCAGUGGAAAUCCGUCCCAUUCCCGACUGUCCCAAAGAACACACUGGAGAACGCAUCCUGAUCCGAUGCCAGGCCAUAAAGUUUGAAAUUGACAUCGAGCCAAUUUUUGCCACCAUAGCCUUGUAUGACCUGAAAGAGAAGAAAAAGAUAUCAGAAAACUUCUACUGUGAUCUCAACUCAGAACAGUUAAAAUCCUUUUUGAAACCUCACACUCCAAACGUGGAUUCCUCUACGCUCGCUAGAUCUGGCAUUUUCUCUAUUACCUACCCUUCUCCUGACAUAUUUCUGGUCAUUAAGAUCGAGAAGGUCUUGCAGCAAGGAGAGAUCAGUGACUGUGCUGACCCGUAUAUAACAAUGAGGGAAAGUGACUCCUCGAAGAACAAGGACAAACUCGAGAAGCUGCGAAACCAGGCAGAGGUUUUCUGCCAGAGGCUGGGCCGCUAUCGCAUGCCUUUCGCCUGGGCGACCGUUAAUAUCAUGGACGUCAUCUCCACCGCCACGACAGACCGUGACGUCACGGACUCUGACAGCAUUAAAGGUAAAUCCAGCAGCAUUGACCGUAAAGCGCAGCUUCCCAGGAGAAACUCGGAGCGUUUCAGCACCAUCGACGAUCAGUUUUGUAACGUUUCUGGUUUCAAGCCGGCGACCAUCACCAUCUCCACCAUCUUUAAACAGGAGGGAGAUCGUCUAAGUGAUGAGGAUUUGCUGAAAUUCCUUUCAGAGAUUAAGAAAACCUCAGUCCCACAAAGACGACCCAAGAUGAUACCAGGUAGCAUAAAGUUGGACAUGUCUCCUCUCCACGACAUGCCGCAGGCCUGUCUGUCCACAGAGCUCAUCCCGCUCAUACCUGUGGCAGAGAAAAAUGUCCGGCCGGUGAAAGAGGUGCUGGAGUUCCCCGCCAGUGAGGUUUUCGUCCCUCACAACAUUUACAGGAACCUGCUCUUCGUCUACCCCCAGAGGCUGAACUUUGUGAACAGGCUUACAUCAGCAAGAAACAUCACCAUCAAAAUCCAGUUCAUGAGCGGAGAGGACCCGAGCUGCGCUCUGCCUGUCAUUUUUGGUAAAUCAAGCGGUCCUGAGUUUUUACAAGAAGUUUACACCCCUGUUACCUACCAUAACAAGUCUCCAGACUUCUAUGAGGAAGUGAAACUUGCUCUUCCGGCCCGUCUGACGGAGAGGCACCACCUGCUGUUCACUUUUUACCAGAUCAGCUGCCAGCAGAAACAGAACCAGAGCGGCAGCUGCGAGACUCUCAUCGGAUAUUCUUGGCUGCCCAUACUGAACACUGACCGCCUGCAGAUGGGUCAGUACUGUCUGCCCAUCGUCUUGGAGAGACUUCCUGUUAACUACUCAUUGCACGCCCCAGAGAAACUUCCURCUCAGGCGCCUCCAGUCAAGUGGAUGGAGAGUCACAAAGGACUUWUUAACCUGGAGGUUCAGGCGGUGUCGUCUGUUCACAUUCAGGACAACCACCUGGAGCGGUUCUUCACCCUGUGCCACGCUCUGGAAGGCUGCGUUACGUUCCCUCUGCGCUUCAGGGARGAGAAGAUUCCUGAGAACAAGCUGGAGCACGAGCUGAAGCUCAGCAUCAUUUCACUGGCCUCUGCUCGAUUAGAGCCUCUGGUCCUCUUUCUCCACCUGGUGCUGGAUAAACUCCUGACUCUCAUCAUGCAGCCCAUGGUUAUUGCUGGUCAGACUGCCAACCUGGCUCAGAUAGCCUUUGAAUCAGUGGUGUCUAUUGUUAACAGUCUUCACAACAGCCAGGAGCUGGUCAGGGACCAGCUGGGCAGGAACAGCCUCCUGGCGUCUUACCUGUACUGGGUGUUCCGCCUCCCUGAACCUCACGGAGACAUGCAGAGUGCAGGCCCGAUGAGUUCCCUGCCCUCGUCGGAGAGUCGCUACAGCACCAUGGGUCGGGCCACAGCGACCGUGGUCGGGAGCAUGCUCCUGCAGUCCAGGGUGCGCAGCAGCAGCAACCCCGACAUCCCCGCUCAGCAACUGUCUGCUGAAGAUGUGGAAGUCAAAAACAUUCUCUCUGCAAAGGGCCACAACAACCCAGGCAGCCGCAUGUCCACCUAUGUGGACGUCAACAACCAUCAGAACCAGACGGGAAGCACCCGACCCUCCAACAGGAAGCAGUUUCACGAGGAGCUGGCCCUGCAGAUGGUCGUCAGCACCGGUGUCUGCAGAGAAAAUGCUUAUAAAUACGCCUGGUUCUUCUUUGAGCUGUUGGUGAAAAGCAUGGCACAGCACGUGUCCCAGCUGGACAAGCACAGCGUGCCCCGACGGAGCCGCUUCUCCGACAGAUUCAAAGGCGACAUCGGCACCAUCGUCUCGGUGGUCACGGCCGAGGUCUGCACCAUCCUCAUCAAGCAGCACAAGGAGGUAGAGCAAGCAGAGAAAGUCAACAUCAGCCUGGCCUUCUUCCUGUACGACCUGUUGUCUCUCAUGGACCGAGGCUUCGUCUUCCAGCUAGUGAGAAACUACUGGAACCAGAUGUCAGCAAAGAGUGUAGCCAUGCCGAUGUUGAUCAGCAUGCGUUUGGAGUUCCUGCGAAUCCUCUGCAGCCARGAGCACUACCUCAACCUGUGCCUGUACUUCAGCAGCCCUGCCUCAGCUCCCGCAUCGCCGUGCCCGUCCAUCUCCUCGCAGAGUUCCGGUUCGUGUAGUUUCCAGGAGCAGCAGAGGAUCCUGGCGCUGUUUGAUCUCUCUCAGGAAUUUAAGCAACAGCAUUACCUCGCCGGUCUGCUCCUCACAGAGCUCAGCGUCGCGCUCGACAUGGAGUCAGAGGGGGGAAAAGUACAAAGAAAGGCCAUCAAUGCAAUUUACAGCCUGCUGUGCUCUCAUGAUCUGGAUCAGCGCUGUGAAAAACCUGAGGUCAGAGCCAAGGUGGCUGGUCUCUACCUCCCCCUAGUGGGGAUCAUUAUAGAAUCUACCAACUACCUGGAUUUCACAGUGUGCGACUCGCGGGGCGGGAAAAACAAGACGGGCGAACCCGAGGACGACCUUGAAAACGUCCCACCCAUCAAUCAGUCUGUUGCCAUGGCGAUUGCCGGGAACCCCUUUAACACGCUGGGUCGGAACGUUCUCGUCUCCAUGGCCUCUUUGCAGGUGAAAUCCGUAGCCACCCUGGCGGCCGACACGAGCCGCCACCUGUUGGUGUGUUUCCUGUGGGUGAUGAAGAACGCUGACCGGACCCUGAUCCAACGCUGGACCGUGGACAUGCCUUCAUCGCAGCUCAACAAACUGCUGGAGCUCCUCACCAUCUGCAUCUCCUGCUUUGAGUACAGGGGGAAGCAGAGCAGUGACAAAGUGAGCACUCAGGCCUUACAGAAAUCGCAGCAGGUCAAACUGCAGCUAGAAGAAGCCCUGCUGCGAGGGAUGGGAGCCCGCGGAGAAAUGAUGAAACGAGUUGGAGGAACGGAUAGAUCUAUGGGUCAAAGAGAGAACCUGCGCUGGAGGAAAGACCGCACUCAGUGGAGACAAACUAACGACAGACAGGAUAAAUCUAAAUCAGAGUUGGACCAAGAGGCUCUGAUCAGUGGGAACUUAGCCACAGAGACAAACCUCAUAGUACUUGACCUGCUGGAGACRAUCAUACAGGCUGUGCCUCUGGCUGACUGCAAGGACAGCGUGGUCGGCGGCGUGRUGAAGGUGCUACUCCACUCUCUCACCUGCAACCAGAGCACCACUUUCCUCUCGCACACCUUCAGCACGCUGAGAGCGCUGGUCAUCAAGUUCGGAGACCUGUUGUUCGAGGAGGAGGCGGAGCAGUGCGCCGACCUGUGCCAGAAGGUGCUCCAGUACUGCAGCAGCCCCGUCGACGAGAACAGGAGCCAGGCCUGCGCCACCCUCUACCUCAUCAUGAGAUACAGCUUCAGUAACGCCAGCAACUUCUCGAGAAUCAAGAUGCAGGUCACCAUGUCUCUGGCCUCCCUGGUGGGUAAAUCGUCCGACUUCCAGGAGGAAUACUUGAGGCGCUCCCUGCGCACCAUCCUGGCCUACGCAGAGGAGGAUUCAGAGAUGCAAAACACUCAGCUGCCCUCACAGGUGGAUGAGCUUCUUAGAAACCUCAACAGUAUUUUGUCAGAUACGGUGAAGAUGAGGGAGUUCCAGCAAGACCCUGAAAUGCUCAUGGACCUCAUGUACAGAACAUUUCCCCCAACGUGCUGGAGGAGUCGGCUGUGUCGGAUGACAUCCUGUCUCCGGAUGAGGACGGCGUGUGCUCGGGGCGCUACUUCACAGAGAGCGGCCUGGUGGGACUGCUGGAGCAGGCCGCCGAGCUCUUCAGCAACGGUGGUCUCUAUGAGGCCGUGAACGAGGUCUACAAGAUCAUCAUACCGAUCUUAGAGGCUCGCAGGGAUUUCAGAAAACUGUCGUCCACGCACGACAAACUUCACAGAGCUUUUGAUAACAUCAUCAAUAAGGGCCAUAAGAGGAUGUUCGGGACCUACUUCCGCGUGGGCUUUUAUGGAGCCAAGUUUGGCGACCUGGACGAGCGGGAAUUUAUUUACAAGGAGCCGGGCAUCACACAUUUACCGGAGAUAUCGCACAGGCUGGAGAACUUCUACAGUCAGUGUUUUAAAGACGACACUCUGGUGAUGAUUAAGGACUCUAUACCAGUCGACAGAAAGCAGCUCAACCCCAAUAAGGCGUAUAUCCAGAUCACUUACGUGGAGCCCUUCUUUGACGACUACGAGAUGAAAGACCGCCUGACGAACUUCGAGAAGAACUUCAACCUGCGGCGCUUCAUGUACACCACGCCCUUCACCAAAAGCGGGCGGCCUCGCGGCGAGCUCAACGAGCAGUACAAGAGGAAYACCAUCCUCACCACCAUGCACGCCUUCCCUUACGUCAAGACUCGCAUCAACGUCAUCCAGAAGGAGGAGUUUGAUCUCACGCCUAUUGAGGUGGCCAUAGAGGACAUGCAGAAGAAGACUAGGGAGCUAGCAGUAGCCACACACAGAGAACAACCCGAUGCUAAGAUGUUACAGAUGUUGCUACAAGGCUCUGUGGGAACCACCGUCAACCAGGGCCCGCUGGAGGUGGCCCAGGUCUUCCUGAAUGAGAUCCCAGCAGACCCGAAGCUCUUCCGUCACCACAAUAAACUGCGCUUGUGUUUCAAAGAGUUUAUAAUGAGGUGUGGUGAAGCAGUUGAGAAGAACAAGCACUUGAUCACAUCGGACCAGAAGGAGUACCAGCAGGAGCUGAAGAAGAACUACAACCGUCUGAGAGAGAGCCUGAGGCCGAUGCUGGAGCGAAAGAUUCCUGAGCUCUACAAACCCAUCAUCAGGCCUCGCCUGGAGAACAGGGAUUCCUUCAAACGCCUAAGUUUCCGCAGAGCUCCGGAGGAGAACUCCUGAAACACCACAGCCUGUUGGAGAGUGCUGCAGAAAGGAAAAGGAGAUUGUCACCCAAUUGAAAGGGUGGUGGUGGUGGAAUAAAGAAAAAAAAUUGAAGUUAUGCUGAAAAAGAGCUGCUGCUGACAUCUCUGAAAUGAUCUGAGCUGGAGAAGUUUCCACACGGAGGAUUGGGAAUCUAGCGCUGUGCGUUAUUGUCGACUGCAGCUCCACGUUUAUGAUGAGGCCGUGGCGUGUCUGCAGGAGGAUGGAAAGGGAGAAGGAGCACAGGAGGAGAGGAAGGRGGAAAUACAAGCAAAGUGUUGCUUAUUGAGCAUUUCACUGUAAAAUCUUCAACGUCCAAUAAUGCUGCAGAAAUACCCUCUGGGUUGGUACAGCUACACUGUUUUUUUUAUUUUCCCAGAAGACUGUGUGUAUAAAUGUGUCUGAAUGUGCGUGCAUACACGCAACAUUGAUUCUUGUGAUCUGUAUGUACAUGUAUUUAAACUCCCAAAUAAAAAGGUUUAUUUAGAUGAGCUCUAUAGUUGAAGCUUUUUGAGGCUUACCGAAGUCAUUUUGUACAAGAUGAUCUUUUUUUUUUUUUUUUUGCUGAGAGCCUCUAAAAUGUUACUGUGGUCAUUACUGCAUGACAUGUGCCAGUUGAAACUACGGUUCAGACUGAUUGCACACUUGAGAAAUUGGUACAAAUUCCUGCUUUCUACUGUCUCUUUUUUUCUGUUGUACAGUUUUUAACUAUGCAGCUAACAGAGUUUUACUAUAGCUCACACAAGGCAGGUUUCUGGUUGCCUAAAUUAUACUGAUAUCUAGAAUAAGCCACAUUGUGUAAAUAGUGUUGCUUAAAAUAAUGAGCAAGAUGUUUACAAAGGUGUGAAAAAGUGUUUUCUUUUGAUUUUAGGAAAAGUAUUUUUUUUAGAUGAAUCAAAGCAAUAAUGAUAUUUGAAUUGAUUGAAAAUAGUCAGUACUGUAGAAAUCUGUUUCAGUAGCUUCAUCAGCMGUUUGUAAAUACACAUUUUUCCUUAAAACAAAGUGCCAAAUUUAUUUUCCUUUAUCAAGUUAAGAACCAGAACUGCAAUAUUUUAAAAAAAAGUGGACACACAUGCAUCCCAAUGUCACGAUGUUUCCUACUGGAGAAAUGAUUUACUGCAAAAAUCUGAUCACACGAACAAGAUGAUGUCACUGUUCCUAAUCUGUUUCAGCCAUGUACAUAGGUUUUCAUUAAUGGGAAUAUAUUUUAUGCAGAAUAUUAAUUCUCUUCUUUGUAUUUAUUAUUUGUUGUUUAUUUUAGUUGUUUUGUUGAACAAAAUCCUAUGCAGCUUGUCUCACCUGUGUAUUAAAUAUUAAACAAAACGUAUUCCUGUUUUUGAAAUAAUCUGAAAACUGUGUUAUGUUAGUGGCAUUCAGCUAGACUGCACCAAUCAGUUCUUUUUGGCUCAUAUUUUUUUGUGUUUUUUACUAAAUAUGGACUUUUUACUUGUCAUGCAUACAUUGUCAUUGAAGAAACUAAAUAAAAUCUAAUAUAUGCACUCAAA